UCACGUGGCCCCGUCUGAGUAACCACAUUCUCGCUUCCUUCUUUCACAUAGGCCACUGAAGGUCGGCGGGGUCCGGGACCACGGCCCCGGGUGCCACAGCAGUGCCCCGUCACGAAGGUGGAGAAGCCGCUUCUCUGGGCUCACGCGGCAUCUGUCCCAUGGUCUGCUGAGCGCGGUGCCAUGCCUCUACGAGUCUUCCUGCUUCUGGUUUUGCUGGGCUCUGGCAGUGGCCUCCAGCUGUGGGAGAUACGGGAGGAUGGAAGCAAGGAGGCCCCAGACUCUCUGCUUGUGCGGGGCCGGAGAGAAGUAAGGGAGGACACGGAAGACGACAUAUAUGACUACAUGGGCACGGACCCCCCAGAAACGCUGUUUACAACCAUCCCUGGACCUGUGGGCCUGACCUCCAAGCUUCUGGCUGAGAUGGCCACACUGGGGCGGAAGGGUUCUGGAACUCCCACAGACACUCCGCAGGCAGCCACGGGGGCCUCCAUCAGCCUGGACGCAAGAGGGAUGGCUAUGGGGAAUCUGAGCAUGGAACCCACACAGGGGGUUCCUGUCACACUGGACCCUCUGAGCAAAGAACAGGUCACUGCGUCACCUCCCAUCACAGAGUUUCCAUCCACAGAGGGGGCUCCGUUCACAGAACUGGCCACCAUUGAGGUCCUAUCCACGGGGCCACCAGACACAGAGGCAAUGACCACGCAACCUCCAGCCACAGAGGUACUGGCCACACAACCUGAGGCCACAGAGGCCCUGUCCACGGGGCCAGCAGCCACAGAGGCACUGGCCACGGAACCUGCGGUCACAGAGGCACUGGCCACACAACCCAAGGCCACAGAGGCCCUGUCCAGUGAGCCACCAGACACAGAGGCACUGACCACGCAACCUGCAGCCACUGAGGUACUGGCCACACAACCCGAGGCCACAGAGGCCCUGUCCACGGGGCCGGCAGCCACAGAGGCACUGACCACACAACCUGUGGCCACAGAGGCCCUGUCCACAGGACCAGAAGCCACAGAUGCUCUGUCCACGGAGCACACUGCCACAGAGGCCCUGUCCACAGAUCCUGCCACCAUGAAGGUCCCAUCCACAGGUCCUGUGACCACUUGGCGCCUAACCAUGGCCCUGCUUGUGCCCUCUGAUCCUCACAACAGCACCGCCAUGGCAGUAGUCAAUUCAUCUGAUGGCUUCAUCAGACAAUGGAAAGAUCAGCAGGGUCUCUCCCCCAAGAGCCCUGUGGCCCCCACGGCCACGGAGGCCCUGGACCGCAUCCCUGUGAAGCAAUGCUUGCUGGCCAUCCUCAUCCUGGCCCUGGUGGCCACUGUCUUCCUUGUGUGCACGGUGGUGCUGGCUGUCCGCCUCUCUCGCAAGAAUCACAUGUACCCGGUGCGCAAUUAUUCCCCCACGGAGAUGGUCUGCAUCUCGUCCCUGCUGCCUGAGGGGGGCGAAGCGCCCGGAGCCACGGCCAACGGGGACCUGCCCCAUGCCAAGAGCCAGGACCCGAAGGCGGGGCCUGGGGAGGGCCGCGAGGGGGAUGACCUCACCUUGCAGAGUUUCCUCCCUUAGCCCCCCACUCCCCUGCUCAUCCACCCGAACGGGACCCUGGCCUCCUCGCCCGCUCCGAGGCCCGCUGGGCCACCACUGAGCACCCAGGUGCUGCUCCACGGGUCUGGGCUUCCUUGGGGCGCCUAGGGAGGCGGAGCUCUAGGGCAGCUCCCCCGGGGGUGCCCCACAGGACGGAGAGCCGAUGCACUGCGGCCAAAGCAGGACUGUGAGCCACCUCAUCCUCCUUCUGGCCUCCAGGGGACCCGGGAGAUCCCCCCACCUGUCCCCCACCUGCCUAGGCUCCCUCUAAUGCUUUCCUCGGCUAGAGCCUCGUCCCCAAGCACCCAGGGAGGACCCUCCCACCCCCAUUUUCUUCUGGUUGCCGUGGUCACCACGCAGGAAAGGGGCAUUUUGGGGGGAGGAGUGCUGAAAUCUGAAGGCCAUUCCCUGUCCCUCUCCGACUUGGGGCAGCUUGGGUUUUCUUGGGCGUCUCCCCAGGGAGCCAAGCACGAGACCCUGGCCCAGGAGGGCUGGGGCGGGCUUGGAGAGCCCAGGACUAUACCUUUCUUCAAGGCUGUGUGCAUCAUCGAGCUCCCUUUGGGGACAGAGUAACCCUGAGGCUGCCCUCUCUCAUCUGCAGAGCGUCCACGUUCAGGGUGGGCUGUCUUGUUCACCGAAGCAUCCCGCUGCCCACGCCUGGGGCAGCACAGGCACUCAGUAAAUAUUCGAGGAACUGCUGGCGGGUGACUGCUUCAGGGCCUCAAGGUGCUUCCUUCUGCUGGGGCGCUGGUCCCUUGCUGCUUGCCCCCAGCCCCGGCCCCACCCCCCUCCAGGAAGCCCCCCGUCUGGGUCUUAAGUUGACUUUGGUAUUGCCUCUUGGACACUGGGGCCAUCCUGGUACAUCCCUGGGCAGGCUGUUGGGAUGAGGGAACUGGUUCUGAAUCGACUUUAUUCAACUCCCCCCACGACCUGGUCCUGGCGUACAGAAUUUGGUCCCCGUCCCAACUGUGACAAAUGCGUCCUCUCAAUAUCAAUGCCAUCCUCACCGGAACCCUCCCCCCCGACUCCCCUUGAGGGGCGCUGUCUCCCAUUUAACACCCACUCCUCACAGGGCGGAGCACAGCUGCGGCCUACAGGGUUUUUGUACAAAGUUUGGGGCCGGCAAACUUUUUUUUUUAGUGGCCAGACCAAAACUACGCUUUGCAGACCACGUGGUCUCUGUUGUAACUUGUCAGCUCCGUCCUUGGUCCUCGUAGGUUGAGCGUGGUCACUGGCAAUGUGUCACAAAUGUUCUAAUAAAACUUUAUUUACAAACGA